AUGGAGAGGGACAGCGAUUGGAUCUGGGAGGCCCUCGCCCUGGGCGAGGAGAGCCUGCUGAAGGACGCGGACAUCGACUACUUCGACUGGAACGGCACUCACGAAAAGUACGGCACGCCGCUGAUCGCGCUGGUCGUGGGCAAGGCCACCGGCCAGGAGGUCUACGACUUCGCCACGGGCACGCCCGAGAAGCUCAUGGAGCGGCUCAACCUGAUGAAGCUGGUCCUCUCCAAGGGCGCGAGCCCGCACGCGAAGCCCCCGCCGCAGUUCAGCAUCUGCAAGUCCUGGUGGAAGACUGAGGGAGACAAGGAGGUAGAGAACAGCCGCACGCCUCUGGUCCACUUCAACGACAAGUCGGCGUACGGCGUGGUCGCGUCAUGCCUGGAGGCCCUCACCAACGUCGAGGGCGACUGGAAGCGGGAGCUGCGCUUCCUCCGCGACGCCGCCAAGAUCCUCGCGACCUUCCGCUCCGGCGUGCAGGAGGCAACCCAGGCCCUGCUGCGCGUGCCCGUCGCGGAGGGUGCGGUGGAGACGUGGGACCGGCUGCUGAGCACGCUGGAGGGCGCGGAUCCAUCGUGUGCAGCCCCGGCGCGCUGCCCCCCACCGAGCUGA